GGACACUUUGGUGGCGUUCAUGGUCAGUAAACCGUGACGGAAUUUACAAGCUAGUCAAGCUAGCUAGAGUUUACCAGUAACGUCAGCUAACGCUUGCUGGAUGCUAAUGCUUCAUAGUUCAAUCAAGUUCGUACACAUGCUGUGAAAGCUGUUGUGCUGGACCCAAGAAAUGGGUUUAAUGUUGACCGAACACUGACCAAACAAGAUGUCCAGAAACUUGAAGAGCUGUGUCUGGAUAAACUGAUGGAAAAGUGCAGCCCGUCUCUUGACACAAUCAAAAUGCAAGUGUAUUUUGAUAUGAAUUACACCUCCCGGCGUGAGUUUCUUGAGGAUAUCCACCGGGUGGAGGAGUCCAGGCUGAGUCCAGUGAGCAGAGAGAUUACAGACACCAGAGUGAAAACACGAGAGGAAUUAGACGCUUUGUACCGUAAAAUCAUCACCUAUAUCCAGCUGCACUCCAGCAUGGGCUCACCUACAGAUGUCACCGCUGUGAAAGAGGCGACAGCUGCCCUGCAGAGUGUCUUCCCUCAGACUGAACUGGGAGCCUUCAUGGUGCUCUUAAAGAGGGACAAGGAGCAGCAGCUCAAUGAGCUCACCAUGAUUGUCACAGGGAUAAGACUCUUCAACAAAGCCAGCAAGAAGGGAGGCGAGGAGACUGACCUUCAUGAACUAAUGCCCGCAAUUCUUAAUGAAGCACUUCCAGUCACCAGUAAAAGCAUAGAAAACAGGCUGAGUGCAUCCCAGACUUUGGUAUGGAAAUACACCACGGUGCUGGAGAAGCUAACGGACCCCGACAGUCCGUCUGGAGAAUGUGACACACCCGUUGUGCUGCUUAAACAGGCUCUCUACAACGUCAAGCAGCAUGAUGUUUUCCUCAAAAUGUUACUGGCGGAUGCAUGUUUAUGUGCCAAGCAUGUUGAAAUCCUCCAGACUGCACUCUCAUCACAGAUGAAGCUGCUGAAAGAAACUGUGCAAUCAAAGACUGCUGUCCCCACUGCAAAGGUUUUUCCCCUGUUCAAGUCCCUGUCAAAGCUGUGGUCUGGACUUCAGGAUGAGGCUCAGCUGCUGAACAUCUUCAAUAACAUCGUGCACAAUCUGCAGCCCUUUGUUGCCUCUCAGGCCAAUAUCUUUUCAGAGACUUAUUUGGAUGGCCUGCUGGAGGCGUCAGAGGUGAAGACAGACGAACAGAGAAUAACUGAGUCCUCAGGUGAGCGUAUUGUUCCAGCGGAGAUGAACACGCAGGAAUGGCUCCUGCCUGAAACAACAGCCAGUGUUAAUGAGCUGUCGCUGCAGUAUGAUGGAGUCUGUGGCUACACGCUGGUCAACAGAGAUGGGCUUCUACUUCCAGGUAAUCCACACAUUGGAGUCCUUAUACACGAAGAGAAGCUCUAUGUGUUUAGUUCCAAAGAAGCUGCAUUAAAGUUUGCCUCCAGUCCAGGGGAAUUCAUAGCAGAGGUGGCAGAGAAAGCCAAGCACUCCCCUGAACUCAUUCAGCUCCUCAAACUCCACCAACAAUUUUCUUGCGUCAGCCCUUACUUAGAGAUGCAGCCGGGAAAGGGUCUAUUGGUGAAGCCCAUCACCAAGUGUGAGAGCGGCACACAGACAGACAUCCACCCAGUGGAGACAAAUAUCGCCAAGUCAUACGAGUGGAAUGAGUGGGAGCUGCGGAGAAAAGCUAUCAAACUGGCUAAUCUCCUGAGCAAAGUGACACAGUCAGUGCAGACUGAUCUGAGCCACAUGAGACGGGAAAACAUCACUCAGACCUGGCUGCCCAAGGACGCUGCCAGUCAAAGCAAGAGAGACGGUGAGAGCAACGUGCCCAAACCUCAGACCUACCUGGCUGGGCUGAGAGGACAAAGAGAUGGACUCGUGGUCAAAACAAACCUGACCAGGUCUGUGGAUGAAUAAUUAGGCCUGCAAAAGAGAGAAAACAUGAAAAUAAAAGAUAAUGUACAUAAGUUAUUGUUUUUAUUGAUGUUGCUCUUGUGUUUCUUGAUGAUGACUUGAGGA